AUGAAGAAUCGGUUUGUGGUGCUGGGCCUGCUGACCGUGGUUCUGGUGGUGGUCAUCAUCGUCCUUUGCCUCUGGCUGCCCUCUACCUCCAGGAAGCCUGACCAUGUAUACCCCAGGGCAGCCGUGGCUGCAGAUGCCAAACACUGCUCAGAGAUUGGGAGGGAUAUGCUGCUGGAGGGUGGCUCAGCGGUGGAUGCAGCUAUUGCUGGCUUGCUGUGCAUGGGGCUGAUGAACGCACACAGCAUGGGCAUCGGGGGCGGCCUGUUUCUUACCAUCUACAACAGCACCACGCGAAAAGCUGAGAUCAUCAAUGCCCGAGAGGUGGCUCCUAGGCUAGCUCAUGCCAGCAUGUUCAAUAAUUCUAAGCAGUCUGAGGAAGGUGGACUAUCGGUGGCAGUUCCUGGGGAGAUCAGUGGCUAUGAGCUGGCACACCAGCGGCAUGGGCGUCUGCCCUGGCAUCGCCUCUUCGAGCCCAGCAUCCAGCUGGCCCGCCAAGGCUUCCCUGUGGGCAAGGGGUUGGCAGGGGCCCUGGAAAGAAAACGGGAGGUCAUUGAGCAGACGCCCACCCUGUGCGAGGUUUUCUGCCGGGACGGGAAGGUGCUCCAGGAGGGAGAGACAUUGACCAUGCCCCGGCUGGCUGACACCCUCCAGACACUGGCCCGAGAGGGUGCUCAGGCCUUCUACAAUGGGAGCCUCACAGCCCAGAUUGUGAAGGACAUUCAGGCAGCUGGGGGCAUUAUGACUGUUGAGGACCUGAAUGACUACCGCGCUGAGCUGAUCGAGCACCCCCUGAAUAUCAGCCUUGGGGACUUGGUGCUAUAUGUGCCCAAUGCCCCGCUCAGUGGACCUGUUUUGGUUCUCAUUCUGAACAUCCUCAAAGGGUACAACUUUUCACCGGCAAGUGUGGAAACACCUGAGCAGAAAGGCCUGACAUACCACCGCAUUGUGGAGGCUUUUCGGUUUGCCUAUGCCAAAAGGACCUUGCUGGGUGACCCCAAGUUUGUUGAUGUGUCUCAGGUGAUCUACAACAUGAGCUCUGAGUUCUUCGCUGCCCAGCUCCAAGCCCGGAUCUCCGACGACACCACGCACAUGGCCUCCUACUAUGAGCCUGAAUUCUACACUCCCGAUGAUGGGGGCACCGGUCACUUGUCAGUGGUUGCGGAGGAUGGCAGCGCUGUGUCAGCCACCAGCACCAUCAACCUCUACUUUGGCUCCAAGGUCCUUUCCCAGGUCAGUGGCAUCCUGUUUAAUGAUGAGAUGGAUGACUUCAGCUCUCCCAACUUCAUCAAUCAGUUCGGAGUGCUCCCCUCACCAGCCAAUUUCAUCAAGCCAGGGAAGCAGCCACUCUCGUCCAUGUGUCCAUCCAUCGUUGUGGAUCAGGAUGGCAAAGUCCGGAUGGUGGUGGGAGCCUCUGGGGGCACACAGAUCACCACGGCCACUGCACUGGCCAUCAUCCACAACCUGUGGUUUGGCUAUGAUGUGAAGCGGACGGUGGAGGAACCCCGGCUGCACAACCAGCUUCUGCCCAACACCACAACAGUGGAGAAACAUAUUGAUCAGGCAGUGGCUGCAGCUUUGAAGAAUCGGCACCACUAUACUGAAGUGACUUCUACCUUCAUUGCUGUGGUGCAGGCCAUUGUCCGAACGGCCAGUGGCUGGGCAGCUGCCUCAGAUUCCAGGAAAGGCGGGGAGCCUGCCGGCUACUGA